AAAUUUCAUGAGCUUGGUAAGGCUGUCAGAUUAACCAGCAUCUCGUGAUGAUGGAGAAGAUUGUAAAAGAUGUUGGUGACAUUCAGUCCAGGCUGAUUGAUCACAGGCCGGUCUUGCAGGGAGAAAUUAAAUUCUUCAUCAGGGAGUUUCAGGAGAAGCGUGCUUUCAGAGAAUGCCGUCUGCCUGAAAGUCUUAAUAAGAUGACAUCAGACACAAAUGAACAUGAUCUGCCGCGGUGCACUGAGAGUAUGCAUGAGAAACUAUGCGACGCUCUCACACAACUUGAAGCGGCGAAUCAUAUGGCACAGAGGAUCCAGCAGAGGGAGCUAGAGGCUGAACAGAACACACAUAUGCAGGUGUGUGCGGAGAGGCGGAAGCAGAACUGGGAGGAAUUCCUGAAGGAGCAGUCUCGGCUGAAGGAGGAGGUGGAUGAGGAGCAUGCUAAAGCUGUGGGCCGACUCAGCACUCAAUACAACGACAUGAAAAAAGACCUGGCCAAAUACAGCAGCUUCUGA